UAGGGUAUUCGUUUUAGUUAUCAAUUCUUUUCAUAUUGUAAGAAAAAACUUUUCAUAUUUGAUAUAAAAUAAAAAUCUAUUUGAUAUCAAAUAACAAAUAAAUAUACUUUAUUUCAUUCUUUUAAAAUAAUUCUUAAGAAGUUACUAUUUAAAAUAACUGAAGAUAUUAAUAAAUUCUACGUAUUCUAUAUGUAUAUAUAAGUAAUUGUUUUAGGAAAAAGGGUUGGCUCAAGAUUAUUUUUUAUUUAUGUUGUAAUUGUAGAAACUAUAAAAGGUAGACCAAUGUGAUUUAAAGGAUAGUGUUUCAUAUAGAAGAUGUAUCAUUAAUUAUCCAAUACUUGUAAUUACGUUAUGGGCUAAGGCAUUAUUGGCUUCAUUAUUGUUUGAUUGUGGAAUCAAAGCACAGUGAAGGUUGCGAACCAUGGAAAAACACCCAUGAAUUGCUUUGUUCUAUCUUAAUGAUGCAGAUGUCGGAAUCAGAUUGAAGUUUCCUACUUGCUGAGUCCUAUAUUAAUUUGCUCAAAUUGAUGAACCAGUAAGGCAUAGGGAACAAAUUGUUGUCCCUAUCGAUAACAAAGCCUAAAAAGAAGGCAUUGUAUUUGCCAAAGCUUUAUUGAUUGGAUUCGCAUGAUAUUGGUCAUGACCAUAUGCAAGAUAAAAGGUACUGAUUGAUGUGGAUCUUGAGGUCAAUGAUCUGGGAAGUAGGAAAAUAGCCAUAACUAUCAUAAAUACAAUGGACCUUCGAUAUUUUUCAUGACUUCCUUACCCUGGAGUAGCGAGUUCGAUAUAUAAGUACGUGAAUAUGCAUGGUGCUACGGCCAACCUACAAUCGGAUGCAACUGCAGUGAUGUUGAGAAAUUCUUUGGUUCCUCUGACCAAAGUAACACAAUAAGUGAUUGCAUAACCAUAAAAGAAGAAAGGAACAAUGUUCCAAUCUGUUACUUGCCCUGUUUCCUUUCUUUCAGUCUUCAGAAAUUGGCCAAUGUCAAGAUCUUUGGGAACUUUGUACUCAAUGUUCUUCAAACCCUAUUUUAUCUCGUACCAUACUACAACUGCUGGAAAUACUCUAUUGAGCGCAAAUAUAUCAUAGAACCUUUGGUGCCACAUUUCUUUCUUUUCUUUGUUUUUUUUACCCGUCAACUGCACAUCAUGUUGCCACAUGCACAGAAAAGGAUCACAGCAAAAAAAAAAAAAGGAUAAGGACAAAGUGAACACAUAAUCUUAACAGGAUAAGAUAAAGUGGAAAAACAACUUGGAUGCAGAGUUGAAUGGCUUAAUGGAAAACCCAGAAGUUUAGAAAAAGAAAGGAAAGGAGAGAAAGUAAGCUGCAUAUAUAACAUAUCUGAUUUCAAGAGGUGAAAUGGAUUUGCUUGUUUGAAAUAAUUCUUCCCUGCAUGGCUUUGUUGCUUGCUUGAUCCCUAGAUAGGUUGCUGCUGCUCUUUCAUUCUUAUAAGGUUUCAAUUAUCAGCACUGGAGCGACUUCUAGUGACUAGCCAGAAUGAAAUGCCAAUGUACAUGCUGAGCAGUAGCGAGACUACAUCCCCCCGCCCCAUUAAAAGAAACUUCAGAAGGCCUUUUUGUAAUUUGGAAAAGAACUGAUAAUGCAAACAAGUUCCAAACAAAAAUUGAAUAUGCAUAUGGAUUUCACUUGUCAUGGCCAUCUACCAAUUCACAGGUCACCUCUGGUACAGGUUCGAAACGUAUUGCCAGGUUUUUUCCUUCUGUGUCCCAAUGCGGAGUCUGUUUUGAAGGAGGGUGUUAAGGAGCAGAUUGUGGGUUACUGGACUCAUGUGACCCAGCUCCCGGGCAUUGGCAAGUAUGCUGCUGAUGCAUACGCCAUAUUUGCUGCAGGCAAGCUACAACAGGUGAAACCCCAAGACCAUAAAUUAGUUGAAUACUGGAAGGAAGUUGGCGAGAUGUUAUACAGAAAUAGCUGACCAUUACCAGUCCUUUUGAAGCUUAGUUUUAUGUUUGAAAUGGCCAUGUUUUGUUCACUUUUGAGUUGCUGGUGUCGGCCAGUUUGAGACAUCUGACUUUUGUCUUUUUUGAUGUAAGGAAUGGCAAGAGGUACAGAUCUGGUUUAGCUUUAUCUAAUUUUGUAAACUAUGAUUUCUUGUGUCUAUGGUUCAAGUUAUUGCUGAUGGCAUUGCUUGGAUUUAUGUUAUAGGUUAGGUUUACGGAUCGGAAUUCCUAAUAGAUAGUUUUUGUGUUGUCUGAUGCUUGUGAGUGGACAAUGUUUGGCAGUGGUAGAAAUAUACAUGUAUUGCAUGGAAAGACUGAUCGCCUGUGAUUUAUUGGUCAAAAUGGGACGGUUGCUCUUCC